AUGGCGAGGUUCAAUGGCUUAGCUUAUGAUGCGCAGGAUGUGAUUGACAUAUACACAAGGUCAAAUGCAACGCUUUCAUGGAGGUGGGGAUGUGAGCCAGUGUGGAUUGAAAACCGGCAAACAAAUUGCUUCAUCACUGAGCCUGAUGCCAUUGGAAGGGAAGAAGAUGAAAAAUUGGUGGUUGCGUGGUUGAUGGAGGAUCUGAAUGAAAGGCAAAAGAAUGCAUCUGUUAUAGCGGUCGUUGGUAUGGGGGGUCUUGGAAAGAGCACCAUCGCCAAGAAGCUCGACAACAGUAGCGAAGUCAGGGGAUACUUCAACAAAAGAAUGUGGGUCUGUGUCUCUGAGAAGCCCAACUUGCUGAAUUUGUCCAAAAAGAUCAUGGAGGAGAUUUGUGUAAACGAAAGUGGUGCCAAUGAAUUCACUAACGGAAAGCCUGUACACUCCAAGAUCGGUAACCAUUUGAAAGGCAAAAGGUUUCUGCUCGUGCUAGAUGAUGUAUGGGACUACAAAUGGUGGAAUGAAUUAAAUGGUGUCCUGCAAACUGGUGGAUCAGGGAGCAAGAGCUGGUGCCUCUUCCAGUCCAAGGUAUGCCUGGAAGGCGAGAAGGAGGAAGACCUUAACGUGGUUCAGGACAUUGGAAAAAAAAUUGUGACAUGCAGCGGACUGCCACUUGCUUUAGUUGUUACAGCAGGCUUGUUGCGUAAAAAGGACAGAGAAAGGCCUGUUUGGCAUCGCGUUGCUCAUAGCUCAUUGUGGACAUUGGAAAAUGACAGGGAUGAUAUUCGACCAAUCAUAGGAUUGAGUUACAUGAGCUUGUCAUUGCCCUUAAAGCAAUCCCUCACAUAUUGUUCUGUAUUUCCUACAGAUUAUGAGAUGGAAAGGGAAAAGUUACUGAGGCUCUGGAUAGCUGAAGGCUUUGUUCAGAAGAAGGGGAGGAGAUGGAGGAUGUGGCUGAGAAUGGCUGACUUGAGUGGAAAACAGUGCAUACACAAUUUGCCAGAGUCGAAUGGAGAUUUAUUGCUUUUAAGGUACGUAGAUCUCACUAGUACAAGAAUUAUCCAGUUGCGUAAUUCAAUUACCAAACUCUACGAUCUGCAAGUGCUGGCCCUUGGUCGUAGUGCUAUAGAAAAGAUGCCUGAAAGAAUAUCACAUUUGAAGAAUCUUAGGCAUCUCCACAGAGAACAAACUUCUGAGUUGUGCCAUUUGGAUAAUCUGAGGGCAAAACUAAGAAUCGAACAUCUGGAAAGAGUUGGAACAGAAGAAGAGGCACAAGAAGCAGGACUAGAAAGGAAAGACAAGCUGCGGUGGUUGGAGUGGUCUUCUGACAAGAUCGAUAUUGAGAAGCAGGAUGACAGAGAAAAGGUGGGGCGUGUGUGGGAAAGUCUAAAGCCUCCACUAGGCCUCAAAAGAUUGGAAGUUGAAAAUUAUAUGGGCAGAAGAACACCCACAUGGAUAAGCUCCCCUGCCUACCACGCUUUGGACGAAAUCGUGUUAAUGUGA